GGGAAGCAUCCCUAAAAUGGCAAAACUUCCACCAUUCCCCAAAGCAGUCAGACUCAAACCCCAUUUCUUAAAGAAGAAAGUGCAGGUAAAAAGGCUGCAGCCACCUUCUCUUCUCCUUUAAAAAUAGCUUCCUCUGCUCCUCAAUCUCUUCCUCUCAGUGCUCACCUACACCACUUUCCAUAAAAGCAAAGGGAAAAAAAAAAAAAGGAAGGGGGAAAAAACCCUCCUCCAUUAUCUUUGAACUCAUCCAAGAAUUCUGAGUCUUUACCAAGAACACAACUCAAAUUAGGAUCCAAGCUCUCAGUUUGCUUCAAGAACAAGACUUUUAUGUGCCCAACUGCUUAAAUAACAAGCAGUUUGAAGUUUCUUGUGACAAAGACUACUCCAAGAACUUCUUUUUUUCUUGGGGGGAUAAAGUUGUAAGGGAAUGUAUGGUGAUUCCCAUGCAUUAUCCUCUGAUUCCAGCCCUAUAUUUCCACCCAAUCCCAAGCCUAAAGAAGAGUCAUCUGUGUUGCCCAAGCAGGUUGUGUUCAUGGAGUCUGAUGCAAACACAAGUUUCAGUGAUUACAGGCAGCAUUUUGAUGGCCCCCAAAAUAAUGGGCUUUUGAGGUAUAGGUCUGCUCCCACUUCUUUGCUGGAAAAUUUUGCCAAUGGAGCUGAAAAGAGUGAGAGAUUGGGUUCAAGAUUUUGUUCUCAUGAGGCAAAUGAUGUGAGUGUAUUGGAGAAUUAUGAUAGUAGAUUUGUUGCUAGGAACUCUGAUCUGCCACCUCAAUAUCCAAGACAAAUUGGUGCUCAAUUGGCCUUUGUUUCAUUGGGGAUGGAUCAUCAGGGGCAGGGUAAAAUGGGUUCUGGUCUUAUGAGACAAAACAGUUCACCACCUGGAUUGUUCUCUCACUUCAAUUCUCAAAAUGGCUAUGCUAACAUAAAGAACCACAUGAAUUUCUCGUCUGGGAUGCCCUCUACGUUAGGAACGUUGUCACGAAUCUCAGAGGUGGAGAAUGAGAAUGGUAGGGGAAUUGGCUUGGAUGGCGGAAAGGUCGGAAACAGCAGUGGUGACAAUUUAUAUUUCAGUUCUGGAUUCCCAUUUGGUUCUUGGAACGAUUCUUCGCCUUUUGCAGAGAACUUCACUAGCAGCAUCAAAAGGGAGCUGGACAAUGAUCACAAGCUAUUUGCUAAUACUCAGAAAGACGAACGUGGAAACAGGCCUAAUAUAUUGUCCCAUCACUUAAGUCUAUCUAAGACUUCAGCUGAAAUGGCUGCUAUGGAGAAGUUGCUGCAGCUUCAAGAUACGGUCCCUUGCAAAAUUCGUGCCAAGCGUGGCUGUGCAACUCAUCCGCGAAGUAUUGCCGAGAGGGUUAGAAGGACUAGGAUCAGUGAAAGAAUGAGGAAACUGCAGGAGCUUGUUCCUAACAUGGAUAAGCAAACGAACACGGCAGACAUGUUAGAUUUGGCUGUCGACUACAUAAAAAGCCUCCAGAAACAGUACAAGACACUUAGCGAUAAUCGAGCAAAUUGCAAGUGCUCGGCUGCACAGAAGGUAGUUUUGAAUCAAACGCAGUAAUGGACUAGUCUGGCAGGUCGUAGUCGAGAAAAUUAACUGAGAAAUGAAGCGGAAGAAAUAGUCGACGUUCUAAUGCCCUUCAAAGAGGACGGGGAGAAGAAGAAGAAGAAGAUUUCAAAAAAAAAAAAAAAAAAAA